GUUCAAGUAGCCCACCUUUCUAUAAGAAACACCUAGUCAUCAGCAAAGGAAUUCCGACGUCAGAAUGUCUUCCAGCAACCCAGAAACCACUUCCUCUAAACGAAAAGCUCCCGACGAUCGCGUCGCGUCUAAAGCAGCUCCGGCCGAAGCGAUCCACUUCACUGCACGCAAUCCGCCAUGGACCUAUCUCAAACUACAGCUAAUUCACCAACCAGGCACGUCGACCGUAGUCCAAUCUCAGACCCUCGACCCGCUCACAGCUCGAACAUACAUCAACUCUGCGCUCUCUCAAUUUCUCGGCCUGUCAGGCACAGCCAUCUCAAUCGAUAUCCUUAAAAUCCUCCCUGAAGCUCCACAGCCGAAGCCCAUAGAUAAAUUCAUUUGGGUGCGUGUCCCGCGCCAAGAUGCCCCUGCAGUCGUGGCAGCGGUGAGCUCCUGGAUCGGAGGAGGCACUGGCGGUGGCUCGGUGGGUAGUGUGGCGUGGAGGGUCUGUGCUAAGGGAAAUUAUCUGGGAGCUCUGACUCAGGGGUCCGGGGAAGAUUUGUUCGCCCCAUGAUCUGUGAUGUAGAGGAACUGUGCGUCUUAGUGGUUUCUCAGUUUAUAUCGGAGAAACAAGAACGGGUUGGGCUAGGUCGGUUUCGCAGGAUCGGCUAUUCUCCUACGGCAUGAUGAUGCGAUCGUAUACAGCACUCACACACUGAACCACGAAAAGUCGGGACGAUAGUAAUCAGUCUCGACUCAUGAGUUUCACCGGGCAAUGUGAUGACGUGGAGGACUAACAUCCCGUCCCAGGUCAGAAAACAAUCAGAGGAUUAUCAUAAGACCUAGCUGGCUGAAAGAAUGGUUGGGUAGUGACCAAACGCAAACGCAGAGCACCAGCUAUAUUUCCGGUCGGUAUAACGAGCUACAACAAGCGAAGCCCGGCUGUCAG